GGGGCGGGGCCACACCCACCACGCCACGCCCCCGGGCCGUACCACCUCCGUGCCGCGCGGGGGGGGCCGUGCCGGGAUGGCGGCGCCCCGCGCCGUGCUGCUGCUGAGCGGCAAGAGGAAGUCGGGCAAGGACUUCGUGGCCGAGCAGCUCCGCAGCCGGCUGGGCCCCGCCGUGUGCUGCGUGCUGCGCCUCUCCGCGCCGCUCAAGGAGCGCUACGCCGAGGUACCGGGCGGGCCGCGCCGGGCUACAGCGGGGUUAGCAGGGCCGGGAUCCGCCGGGAUCCGCCGUGCCGAGCCGUGCCGUGCGAUGCUGUGCCGUGCAGUGCCAUGCUGAGCUGUGCCAUGCCGU